AUGUCUACUAUGUCAACUCCAGCUUCAUCUUCUAACAAUGCUACCGAAGAAAAGCAGGCUCCCACUUUAGCCGAACUGGUUAGAAAGUACAAUACAGAAAAUCUUAUCGAAUUUUUGAAGGAACAAGGGGACUUGCAACUUAACGAAACUCAUUUCGAAAUCUUACGCAAUGAGGAGAUUGCUGGCCGUGAUUUUCUCAAGUUGACUGAGGAAAAACUUCAUAGCUACGGAAUGAAAGGUGGACCUGCGACGAGACUCGCGGACUUCGCCAAAGAGGUCAAGGAGAAAAAAUUGAGGGCGUUUUCAUCAUACCGUACUCUGAAAGAUUUUAAAGAAGUAUUGGGGAAGUAUAGCAUCGACGGCGAUAGUAUAACGAGUAUUCCGCAAUUCCAACCAGAAACCCACACUCUUGAUAAAGAAGACAAAGCUUUUCGCCAUUGCAUCUCGGAUAUAAUAGUAAAACUGAUGAACAUGGGAACAGUAGCUGACAGCAAUGAAGCCAUGCGCAGAGAAUAUAUUUCUGCAAUCCUUCACGCGUCGGUUCAUAUAGCAAGAAAUGUUACCAGGAAAGAGAUAAAAAUCCGUCUAGAACAAGAAAUCGUAGGUGAAGAAUCAUCAGGUCGGGCCGACUAUGGUAUAACAGAUAUAGAGGAUUUAUUAUGCGUUGCAGAGGGUAAGCAAAAUUUGCCAGCCAUUGGGUUUGCCCAAAACCUUGUCCAGCUUGAAAGUUCGUGUCAGACAAAUCAAAAGAAACGGAAGGCGAGUGAUGCAUUCGGAAAAUCGGACUAUGAAUAUUUAUAUGGCAUCGUUUCAACAGGCACGGACUGGUACUUCAUCUUAUACACGACGGAAGGCAUCUAUUGUACCAGUGAAACCGAAUACCAUAUCCCACUCGCCAAGUCAGCACUCAAAGACGAUUUGGAUUUGAAAAAGAGCGUAAAAAAAGUAAUGGAAACCAUUGUAGGUUUGUUGAAGGAUAGAGUAACGGUAGAGAAGGCACCUGAUGCUAAAAAGCGUCGGGUUGAGGAAAAAUAUAUCCACUGA